AUGGUGGGAGAGACCAGUCUCAAUGUGGUUUGUGAAGCUGAUGGUGAAGCCAUGCCACAGACUUUCCUAUAUCUUAUGAGCCUACAAACAGGCGCAUCGCUCAUUACCCUUUCCCUCCUACUUAACAAAAUCAGUGGGAUCUAUGGCCUGCUUGCAAUCUUUACGGGAGUUAGGCUUUCGCCUUUCCAGUUAUCGAUGUACAUCUACUCUGUCUUUGCCCUCAUUCUGACCGCUUUCUUAACGCCCCACAUUCGGAAACAGACCCCUCUCUAUUGCCUUGCAUUAGCUUGGUUUUAUCUCAUUGAUAGUAUUGUCAACGCAGCCUAUACAGCUGCUUUUGCGGUAUCAUGGUUUCUCGUCAUGUCACAGCACCGCCAUACGCCCGCCUCUGGAUUGGGUAGUUCGACUAUUGGCGACGCUGCUGGAUUCACUAAACCAAAGUACAAUGUCUCAUCUGUUCGCGUCUCUCCUGGAGAUGGUGUCGCCUCUACUGAACCUGCGACUUCCCUUGCAGGCACCACCAGUGGAAAGCCGAGCCUUGGAAACGGUGUGCUGCAGCCGGAGAGUCUUCAGAGUAUCGGAGUUAUCUGUACGCUGUGGACCAUUCGCGUAUACUUUGUACUCAUCAUGAUGGCUUUUGCCAGGCAAUGCCUGCGACAGUAUGCUUUUAGCCCUAAGGCCCCUUUUUCUCAUCACGGAUCCGUCGCUCAUAGUCGCAAUACAUCCACUGUGAGUAACGUGGACCUGGAACCAAACCCUUUCUUGCCCAGGCUACCGGACGGACAAGGCUGGAAAGGAAGGCUUGGCCGUGCAAUGAUUUCAGUUGGCCGAGGUUACUGGCUCGAUGGGGAUGACGAUGAUAAUUGGAUGUUUGGGAUGAGCCGGAAGUUUCAUCGGAACAACAACAAUGGGUUUUUCAACUCUUCGGACGGUGGACUCGGCGAGCGUGAGCGAAGACGAAGGUCAGGAACUGGCCCACCAGCUCCAUCACACACUAUGCUCCAACAAUUCACAUCAUUACAACAGAGCCCUGCACCUCUAGAUGGCAACAAGCUUCCUUCGCCUGCUCCCGGGAGCGUGGCAUCACCUAAAACUCACGGUACUCCAGAAGGACACCCUUGGUGA